CUGCAAGUAAGUGUCAAAAUCUUAAGUCGAAAACGCUCAAAAACAUAACUUGUAUAACCGUUGUACAAUAAUAAUAUUGUCUACCACUGUUAUUACUACCGACCACCACCACUACCACUAGCACCACCACCAUCCAUAAUUACAUAAUAUUACUCUUGUAACUCCAACGAACAAUCUUCGGUAAAAUGCUGGGAACCAACCUUUAACGUUUUUUUCGUAGUAUAUUACUCUAUACAAACGUACACGUCACUAUGCCGCACCGUCAAUCCAAUCCUGAGCGUCACCCUGUUUAGCAGCUAUUGUAAAUAGUCAUAAUCGUUUGAUAACCGAUAUUAUAUCAUUAUAUUAAUAUAUAUUACCUGAUAUACCUACAAAAACAAUUAUGCUCGCAACUACAGAAAAGAACAACGGCGAAUCUGACUCGGUGGCCCGAGGCAAUCUUAGACAGCCGACCAGGGUGUUUAAGAAGAGCUCACCAAACGGUAAAAUCACUGUUUACUUAGGAAAAAGAGAUUUUGUUGACCACAUCACCAAUGUUGACCCUAUUGAUGGGGUAGUAUUGGUCGAUCCCGAUUAUGUCAAAGGAAGAAAGGUAUUUGGCCAUGUUUUAGCUGCCUUCCGAUAUGGUCGCGAAGACUUGGAUGUGCUGGGCUUGACUUUUCGAAAAGAUCUCUAUAUAGCCUCCGAACAAAUAUAUCCUGUUGGCAAUAUACGUACUCCAACUAGGCUACAAGAACGUUUGAUCAAGAAACUUGGCCCAAAUGCUAUACCAUUUUAUUUUGAAUUGCCACCUCACUGCCCAGCAUCUGUUACGCUGCAACCAGCUGCGGGCGAUACAGGUAAACCGUGUGGAGUAGACUAUGAGUUCAAAGCGUUUGUUGGUGAUACAGCCGAAGACAAACCACACAAGAGAAAUUCAAUAAGGCUGGCUAUUAGGAAAAUUAUGUAUGCGCCCAAAAAAGAGGAAGUGCAACCAUCUGUUGAAGUGUAUAAAGAAUUUGUUAUGAGCCCGAACAAGUUAUACUUAGAAGCAUCCUUGGACAAAGAGCUUUACUAUCACGGGGAAAGUAUAUCAGUCAAUGUCCACAUAGCCAACAAUUCUAACCGAACUGUAAAAAAAGUAAAAGUGUUUGUAAGACAAUUUGCCGAUAUAUGUCUAUUUUCAACUGCCCAAUAUAAAUGUACUGUUGCUGAACUAGAGAGUGAAGAUGGUUGCCCUGUUGGUCCUGGUUUCACUUUGUCUAAAGUAUAUACAGUAAAGCCUACUUUGCAUAAUAACAAAGAUAAACGUGGCUUAGCUUUGGAUGGGCAGUUAAAGCAUGAAGAUACAAAUCUUGCGUCUUCAACAAUAGUGAGCAACCCUUCACAAAAAGAAAACCUAGGAAUUAUUGUUCAAUAUAAAGUGAAGGUAAAACUGUGCCUGGGUGCUUUAGCUGGUGAAUUGACAGCUGAACUUCCAUUUAUUUUGAUGCACCCCAAGCCUGAAGAGGAAGUGCUUCCAAUAUCCAAUAAUGUUGCAAUCUCUGGUACAGCAGUUGAUGACAACGGUGUACGCGUAGAUAAUUUGAUUGAAUUAGAUGAAGAUAGCCCUGCACCAUCUCACGAUGAAGAUAUCAUUUUUGAAGAUUUUGCUCGUUUAAGACUUAAAGCUGGUAAUGAUUAAUUGAAAUAACCAUGUAAAUCUGGAUGAAUUUAUGAAAUAUUUCAUUAUUCAGUCUAGAGUAUAGGUAAAUAAUACAUACAUCUACUGGACGUUUCUGUCAAAUAGAAUCACAGUGAGUCUAUUUAAAUUGUAAGACUUCAGUGGAAAUCAUGAAAAUUCCUAAAACUGAUAGAAAUUAAAUUCUAUGAUAAUUGUUAAAGGAUACAAUGCAAUUAUAAGAAACUUUUAAUUUUUUGUCGGAACUUAAUGCGCAAUAUUAUUAACAUUGAUCUAAUUAUUUAAAGCCCAAGGAUAGGGCAAAGUUUUAUCAUUUAAUUCAAUUUUUAAAUUUGUUAUUUUCAAGUAUUCAAUACAUCCUCUAUUAGACUUUUAAUAUUAUUUUUGUAGCCUAAUUAUGUAAUUAUUACCAAAUUAUAUAAAAAUUCACUACUAAUUUAAUAGUAAUAUAUAUCUGUAAUUUUUACUAAAGCCAAAUAAAAAUAAUUAGAUAAUAAUUCCUAUUUAGGCAUUUAAUUUAUUUAUAAAAUGAAAUUUAGGAAAUUGAUUAUUUUUAGAUCUAAAAUACAUUGAGUAGGUAGGUACCAUAUAAAACAACUGUUUGACAACACUAUUAGGUUUAAAAUAAAAUUGUUUUCAAAAACAUUAAUUUGAGGUUUGUACAAUAUUAUUUUAUUUUUAUUAUUAAUACUUUUUACGAUUAAAAUGUAAUUGUGCGCAUUCAAAGUUUUUUUAAUAUGUUUACACAACUAGUUUUAACAUUCCUCCAAUUGUUAAACAUCGAAUCAACCAUAUUUUAAUUUAUUUUCUAGUGUAUUUUUUAAAAUUUUAUAUCUUUUUUCUUUGAAAGAUCUAUACUAUAAAUAUAAAUUAUCAUCAAAAAUGCUAAAAUAUUAAUUACAACUAUCCAAGCCUAAAAAUUGAGUAAGUUCCUACCUAAAGUAUAUUUUAUAGGUAGUAUAUUAUAUUAUAAUCAAUACCUAUUAAUACUCAAAUGCAGCGCACCAGCAUUUUUUUUUGUGCCAAAAUGAUUACAUUUUUGUUUAUUAACAAUAGUAAUUUUGUUUAUUUUUGUGAAUUAUAUUUAUUUGUUUAGUUAUAAUGGCCAGUACAUAUUUGUAAUCGAUAUAUAAACUAUUUAUUCCACAGCAUUAGGCUACCUACGUGUAGUAUUCUUUAGGUUACCAAACAUCUAAGCAAUUUAUAUUUUUUCAAUUAUGUUUUGACAAUCGAAGAAUUAGGUAUAAGAUUUUAAAUAUGUUAAGUUGAACCAUUGUUAAAUAAUUUAUGCAAUUAAAUAAUGUGUAAUAAUUAAUAGUCAAAUUUUCUGUGUGUAUUGUGAUUUAUAUAUUGGAAAUAAUCUUAAGAUAAACUUAGUUAGUUGAACAUAACCAGUAAUAUUCUAUGAUCUUAACUUUUAUUGACAGGGUUUUUUUUAUUUUAUUUUUAUUAUUUUUUUUUACUUGUCACUACUAAUGAUUGGUUUUGUCAACAUUUUGGUACUGUUUAUUAUAAUCAAAUGAAAUGUCUAAUUUAUGUAUGGAUCUUAAACUGGCAGUGACUAUGGCAUUGUUGCUAAUUGUUAUUAUUUUGUUUGUGUAAAUGUGUGUUUGUCCGAUAGUUUUAUUUAUUAAAAAAUUUAAUAUAUGUAUGUUAAAUAUUGAUUUAUAAAGCACAAAUAUUACAAUUUUAGAUUUAUUUAAAUUACAUCAGUAUUUAUAUAUUAUAUAUUAUUCUGUUCUCUAUUAAAAACUUCAAUUAACUAAUCUUCACCAAAUAUAUUUUCAAAAUAUGGUUUUCAUACAAUUUUAUUUAAAAAUAAGUAUUAAAAUAAGAUGCAUGAUUAACCUUUUUGUUAAUUUAAUUUUUCAUGUUGGUUGUAAAUAAAAUUAAAAUUCACUUUUA